AUGAUCAAGCCGCUCGUGAGAGAGAGAGAGAGAGAUAGAGAGAGAGAGGGUAGGGCCCUCGAGAGGAGCAGCAGCGAGGCGAGGGAAGAGAGAGAGAGAGAGAGCUUCCGUGGGCAACGAGGAGAGGCUUGCGAUGCACCGAAUCGGGCGUCGCUUCCUGGGGCUCGACGAAUGCAAACCCUAGAUCUUCAAGGGUACACAGAUACGAUACGGCAUCGGUGUAUGAUCGAGGCGAAUCCAGACUCGGCUUCCAGUAGUCCGGGAUCGAUCCUCGGACGGGACCCGGCAGAGGAAAUCCCCGACAGCCGCCUCUUCUCCUGCUGCUGCUUCUGCUGCCCGAGCCCCGAGCCCAGCCUCUGGGCAUGUAAGCGGGCUCGCACCAAUCGACGGGGGCCGAUCGAUUUGCCGCUGCCCAUCGAUCGAGGCCACAUCCAUCCGCCCGCCCGCCCGAUCGCCCGGGAGCGAGUUCUUCCUUCCUUCCUUUGUCUCCAUCUUAUUACGGGCAACCGACGCGGUCGUUCUUUUCGGGCUCCGGCAUCGCGCACAGGCCGUCUCCAGCGGGAGGUCGACAGACACCUGGAGAUUUCCGAGCGAGGGAGAGCCAGCCAGCCAGCGUGUGCCUUGGCGCGGUCCAAUCGCCGAUGA